UUUCAAGUAGUUUUUGGCUUCUUUGGACGGCAUUAGAUUAUAGAAGACGAGAUGACAAGUCAUAACUCAAUAUAUCUUGAAGAAAGACAAUCUCUGUGGUGGAUAAUUAAUCUAAAGCGACCGCUUCCUGCAAGAGCUCCAAAGAAGACAGCUCAAUGAAAUAACAUUGUGUGGGGUUAAAUGGAAUGGCAGACAAUAUUAUUCGGAAAAAUGAUGUCCACAUUGCCCAUGGAUAUUAAAGCAGACGAUGAGAAAUCAAGAUUGUUCAGACGAAGGUAGUCAUGGUGGUAGGUUUACUGAAAGUGUCUGAAUUUUAGGAAUAAAGUUAAUGGGAAACGAUUACUUGGAUUGUCUGAAUUAUGUAAUUGAAAAAAUCCAAUUUGAUAAAAAAACGUCUAAAUCAAAACUGAAAAUACUAGUAAUGAGGAACGAAGAAGACCAGCAGUGCAGUAGAUUUAGAAAAAAAUUUUGUUGUUGUCAUUUGUUAUUUUUGCUAAUGGACCAGCAGACGCCAUUGUACAAGUGGGCUUCUGAAGAACAAAUUAAUCAGUUCAAACAAUAUCUCAUACGGUCUACGCCUACUACAACCUCUCUACUAGGAUAUCUUAUCAGUUACGACUAUUACGGAACCUCUCACCGUGAAGAUGCUGAAAUAAACAUUUGGUCAUCUCAUCCAGAUCCUUUUGAAACAGAAGAUAUUGUUGUCUGGGUGAUAGAAUCAAAUAAGGACACUAUUCGAAUUCUGGUUAAUACAGAAGUUUAUUUGGAUCAACAUGUGAAUGAUAAAUUGACAGCUGCAGAAGCCUAUACUAUGAAUAUUGAAGCAAUUGCGCACCAGAAAGAACAACCUGCAUAUUGCAACUCACCAAAAGAUGAAGCUUUGUAUAAAAAGAGUAAAGAAAUUGUGGAACGAGUAUUGAUUACCUUUUUUAAACAAUUUUUCAAUGCAAAAGCAACAGUUUUAUUUACGGUUCACCUUUUCCAUUUUAGAAAUCACUUUUUAUGAUAUAAAUCUGUUAUGGGUGCCUGUACUUUAUCAGCUCUUUGAUAUUGUACAUGACGGUCCAUGCUACAAAUUUAUAAGACAAUGUUCUCUUCCUCAAUUAGAAUAUGGUCCUGGUUUGCCGAUAGAGAAGUACAUUUUUACGGAUUUGGAAGAAAAUGAUGUUUACCUUGUUCAAUCAAGGAAUAAAAUACCUUUUGACCCAGCCUAUGUCAAGGAUUGUUUUCACACCUCGUCAGCCAUUCGAACCCGAUCUACAAACGAAUUAGUUGCGUGGGCAAUGACGCAUC